AUGAUGGUUGUGGUGAGAAUGCCUGAUGGCCAGUAUUCCUUGGAGUUAGCAAGAGCGGGUUGCUUGUUUAUUAGAUCUUUAAUUUGUGCAUUCACGUAUACCUUUGCCAAGCGCAAGUCUUGGAAUGGUACAAUAAACUGGGAUGAACAUUUCAGAGUAGUCAAUGGAUUGGUGCGAAUUUCAAAGGCCGCAGUGUCUAAUUUGGAAGGUCCAUCCAUGCAACUGGAUGUGAAUGAGCUCAUUCUCUUCAUUCAGAAGAACUUUUCCAACAAGACUGCUAAGCUUGUCUCAAUUUACCCUCCCUACUUUGAUAAUCUUUUUACGGUAUUAAAAUCAUUGCAAAUAGCAGUCUUACUUCCGCAUGACCGGUUAGUUCUGGAGACUCAUGUAUGUUUGAUGGAGUCCUUUGACAGACUAAUAUUUGCUAUUCUCCUUAAGAGAAAACAUGACGGACUUCUGGGAGAUGAAUUGAAUAAGUGGAACACAUGCAUAAAUCAGGCAAUGGCCCCCAAUGAAUUUGAAACAAGUUUGGAUAAGGUUCCUGUGUUUGAAGAUGUUUUUAAGGCGGCGGCGGAACGGAAGGAGGAAUAUUCAAAGACCAAAUUUUCUGCAUUUCGUCUAUCUAGAGAUUAUCCAGUACAUGUCCUUAGUCACAAGAACGUUACAACCAAAGAAAAUUCAAUUUCUACAACUGUUGAACGCUUUAAAGACGACAGUGGUGUGGAGCUGAUGCUGGCAGCCAACAUGCCACAUUAUCUUGCUACCUUACACCAGUCACUUAUAGUUGCGGGUGUUGAUAUCUAUAGAGAGUAUGUCCUGAAACAUCUCUUUUGUGUUCUUCUAAAUAUCUUUUAA